AUGGAGGCAGUAUCGCAGGCUCCCAUGCCAUCACCAGUGGCAUCGCCUCGCGGGUUCAAGAAGGUGUUGUCGAACAGAAGUCGCACCUCCGUUCAAGAACCAGGCAGCGACACGAGCAGCACCCACGGCCUACGAAAAUCCGCUGAUUCGGCCCGGGAUCACUCUCCGAAAGACCUGAGCAGGAUCUCCAGUCGCGAUGAUAGCAGCAAGUCUGGUUCUAGUGGCUUCCGGAAGCUGAUCCCAGGCCAUGCAAAGCGGAAGAGAAGAAGGAUGCGCGAAGCAGGCGGAUUGCUACCACCUGAAGGCGAGUCUACCGACAACAACGACAACAACAACAAGCUUACGAUCAAGACAGCCAAUGCGCCUGCUCCAAUAUCGCGGAAUCACAGCUCAACGAGCUUACCUCAAGAUGACAACUCCAGCCUCUUGACGGAGGACGAGUCUGAGCCUGCCUCAGCUUGUCCGCCUCUUUUAACCCACGACUCUCAUGCUGGUUACCUUACGCAUUCAUCGCCACUUAUCAAUACCACUGCGGUUGACGACACUGUCUCGACCUCGCAGACUGAAUCACAGCCGGCGCAGUCGUCCGAAGAACCCUUACAGAGCCCUACCCUCGGCGCUUCCGGUGCUCCCUCCAUAAUACAUUCACCCACCUUGCCUGCUACCAGUUCGACCUCGGCCCUGAAUUCUCCAACCUUGUUCGACCGCGCAAACACCCUGGGCCCUCCAACAGAGUCCCGGUCAGCUCGGAGGAAGAGCAUUGGUACCUCGAUUCGUGGCAUCUCUCCAGGUCGAAAGUUGAAGGAAGCAUUCCAACCUGGGAAAUCCACAAAGGGUCCCAGAACCAGUCCAGAUAGAGGGUCGUUGCGUGGUACUAGAAGCGACCUUCAAGCAGCUGAUGCUACCACCAACGAAACUGGACCGACCGCUCGGACGAAGGCGCCAGCCCCUCCUCCUAUUUUGGUUGGCGCAAAGACCGACAGCUCUAAUCAGCCGAGCAUUUCCAGUGCAGGCAUCUCCCCAUUGAAUCCCAAGACCAGACCGCAGACCCCUCCGAGCGCCGCAUCGACCGCCCCGCUGACAACCGUGACGCCGCCUACUCCUGUCGACUCUCGGGCUCCGACCCCAAGAUCCCCAGUACGAAAUUCAGAAUCUCCUACGCGGUCCAGUGAUGCAAGCGGCAUAAAGGUUAGCCCGUCGGGUAACAUGAUAUCACAUCGACGUGUGCAUUCGGAAUCAGGAUCUCUACACCAACCGAGUAAACUCUCGAACGCCAUUUCUGCGCCUCUCACCCCUACAAUUGAAGAAGCUAAAACGCCUUCUGCAAGAUCGGAAUCAAGAAACGUCACCCAAGGAAGUGGAUUCUUCUCGUCCUGGGUUUCAGCAGCACAGAACGCUGCGAACACCAUUACCAACACCCUCAAUACCCAGACCAGAAGCAGGUCUGGGACUGAAGACAGCGAGCCAGAAAAACCAACAACCACCGAGAGGCGGUCUGACUUGAUAGGUAAAUUGGGUGAAGAGCCUGGUUUGCCGAAGAAGCAAUUGGCUGUUGAAACAUUGGGCGCCGGUGAUCUGAAGUUGAGCCAUCUAGGUAUUGGUACAGAGUCAAAAGAGAACGGCUCUACAAGACCUGAUCCUAUCGACGCGCGGAAAGACUCGACGAUCCAACGUGACGAAGCUGCCGCUAAGGUAGAAGAUAUGCUGGCCAAGCGGGCCGUAUCCGCUGCAUAUGAGAAGCCGUCUGAGGACAGCUCCAAGACGCCUCUUGCCGAACUAUCCGAGCCAAUGAACAAUAUGAAGCACAGUUCCACAUUCAAUAGUACUGUAUCAGGAGAGCUACAGACGACUCCAAAUGGUAGUAUCCUUGAUGGCGAGACGGGUUCUGUAAGACGCACCAAUAGCGUUCGAAGUCGGUUAAAAGAACGGCGAAAGAGGGGCUCUUCCACUGCUACCGGUAUAUCGAGCGUGGGCACGCUUCUAGCGGCCAGCGCGUCAAGCUUAGCCAAUCCAGCAGCCGGUCCAAAGCUUACUGGGUUUGCGGUUGCACCGAAGGCGCGUAAUCGGACCUUUCAUCAACUUUUCCGAAGUGUGCCCGAGGACGAUUUUCUCAUCGAGGAUUACAGCUGUGCCUUGCAAAAGGAGAUCUUGUUGGCUGGCAGGAUAUACAUAUCUGAAGGACACAUCUGCUUCUCCAGCAACAUUCUUGGCUGGGUGACCACUCUUGUCAUUUCAUUUGAGGAGGUCAUGGCCAUAGAAAGAGAGACCACGGCCAUGGUAUUUCCCAAUGCCAUUGCGAUUCAGACUCUGCAUGCUCGACAUACCUUUCGAAGCCUGCUCAGCCGGGAAGCAACUUUUGAUCUGAUGGUAGGGAUAUGGAAGGCAAGCCAUCCUGCAGCAUUCAAGAAAUCCAUCAAUGGCAAGCAAGCUGAAGAAGAGACAGCCCAGAAGACGGACAAGCUCGCUGAGAUCGAAUCGGAGAGCGAGGAGGAAUCUGAAGACGAGGACGAGAUGUAUGAUGAAGAUGAGGAAGAGGAGGGCGUUGGCAGUUUUGUUGAAGCUCGCAGUAUCGCGGGCAGUGACAUUACAGAUGCCGCACAUGCAGCCGUCAGAAAAGCUUCGGCAAUCAGCGGUGCUGCAGCUAGCGCUGUGGUAGCUCAAUCAGCAGCCGCUGGCGAUGGGCAAGCUGCUGAAAAGGCAUUGGCAGCAGCUUCCGCCGCAACAGUCGACUUCCCCGGUCCAGCUAGUCAUGCCCCAACCGACUGCACCGACAGCGCAACUCAUUAUGACAAGGUGCUCAAGGAUGAAACCAUACCUGCUCCCUUAGGCAAGAUCUACUCGAUGCUAUUUGGACCCAGUUCUGGCAUCUUUCUCACCAAGUAUCUAGUUGAGGAACAGAAAGUGACAGAGCUUCAAUAUGACGACGACAAGAAAGGGCUAGGCGAGCAGAACAAAACGCGCAGCUACUCGUAUAUCAAGCCACUGUAUGGCUCUAUCGGCCCGAAGCAAACGAAAUGCACCACUUCGGAGAACCUGGACGCCUUUGACCUGGAAAGAUCCGUAUCGGUGACCUGUACGACGCAGACUCCUGACGUGCCCAGUGGCAACGUGUUCAGCGUCAAGACGCGGUAUUGCUUAUCUUGGGCUGCUGGCAAUGCCACCCGGCUGCAGAUGAAUUGCACCAUCGAGUGGACCGGCAAGUCGUGGCUGAAGGGUCCAAUUGAAAAGGGUGCAACUGAUGGGCAGCAAACAUACGGAAACGACUUGGUCAAGGCACUCAGGUCUGCAGUGUCGGCUCGGCCUCGAGCCGCAACCGCGGGAUCUAAAGGACUGAAGGCAGGCAAGCGGAGAAGAAAGGGCGAGAAGAGCUCUAGCCCGUCACCACAGUCCCAGGUAGUGAAACGGGAGGAAGAGAGCUGGGGUCUCCUCGAACCUUUUCGAGGCAUAUUCGGUCCUAUCGUGAGUAUCUUCAAACCCUUCGCUGGGACCAUGGCAGUGGUUACCAUCGUGAUCCUGCUCUGCGUAAUAUGGUUCCGACGCCCUGUGCGUGGUCCUGCCGGAGGGAUUGGAUAUCCCGAAUACCCUAGUGCUGCUCGUCUGGCCGCCUACGAAGAAAUGUGGCAACGGGAGGAGAGCGAACUAUGGUCGUGGCUCGAGGACCGGGUCGGUAUCGAGGGUCUCGGAUUGAACGACCAUGCGAAGCAGAAGGGGAAGAAGGCGUCUGCCCUGACGGCAAGAGCCAAGGCGAAGGAGAGGCAGAAGAUCCUGGCCGGCAAGGACGUCGAGGCUCGUCUCAGAGAAGAACGCAUGACGGAAAGGGAGAUGGAGGAUGCUAUACGGGUCACGCAGGCGAGGUUGGACGUCUUGAAGGGGGUUAUGGCAGAGAAGAAAUCCGCGCGACAGGGCAGUCGUGCGGAAGGGAAGGGCUCCGAAUGA